AUGUCCACUCAGGCUGAAGAAUCGCACCCCUUCCACCUGCACAAUCUCGGCCAUGUCCGGCUGCGUCACGCAGAAACCAACGAGGUGAUCCUUACGCCUGCGCCAUCCUUGGAUCCAAAUGACCCUCUACGAUGGUCCACCUCGUAUAAAAUCUACAUUGCCGUGUUGGUGUCCCUAGCGAUGCUGAUGUGCAACUUCAUGGCGGCCGGCCCGACGGUGACAAUGGUGGAAGUGGCCUCCGCCUUUCCCGAGGGCGGCGACACAACCCUCUCCGACUGGAUCGAUCGCGCAGCGUAUUUCUUCAACAAUUCGGCCCUGCUGCAAGGCGUGUCAACCCUGUUCUGGGUGCCGCUGCUCAACAAGUACGGCCGGCGGCCGAUCUACAUCUCCGCCUUCAUCGUCUACUUCUUCAUGAUCCUCGGCUCUGGACUCGCCACGACCUACGCCGGUGAGCUUGUCACUCGCACCAUACUCGGCAUUGGCGCAGGCGCAGGCGAGUGUCUUGCGCCGGUGACUAUUGCCGACGUCUUCUACCUCCACCAGCGUGGAUACGGGAUGGCCAUAUACAAUGCCGCGUUGAGUGCCGGGGUGGCCAUGGGGAUUGUCAUCUCCGGUCUGGUGACGAUCAACCACUCGUGGCGGUACGACUACUGGGUCGGAUGUGGGCUUACUGGCGGCCUGAUCAUCGUGGUAAUCUUCUUCUUCCCCGAGACCGCCUUCCGACGGGUCGGAAACCCGCUGGCGGAACAUACCGACAAGGUGAUGGACGAGCACGUCGAGGAGGCUCUACCCGACAUUCCGGCCAAACGAACGUACCGGCAGAACCUCCGCUUCUGGUCCGGGCAGCGGUACACGGACGAGUCCUUCUGGCGGAUGUUCAUCCGCCCCUUUGGUCUGAUCUUGAUCCCGUCCAUCUUCUGGGCGACCAUCGUCAUGUCCGUGACGAUCGGCUUCCUUGUAGCCGUGACCUCCAACUUCGCCACCGCGUUUGCCAACACCUACGGCUUCGGCACCUGGCAGAGCGGCCUGUGUUUUAUCGCCGGCAUGAUCGGCUGUGUGUUUGGCACCUUCGUUGGCGGCCCCUUUUCCGACUGGGUUGCCGACUACUUCACCAAGCGCAACGGCGGCAUCCGAGAGCCCGAAAUGCGCCUGCCUGCCAUCAUUCCGAGCGUCAUUGCCGCGCCCCUCUCCCUGGUGCUCUUCGGCUGCGGCAUCGCCUACAAGUGGCAUUGGAUUGUUCCAACAAUCGGUCUUGGGCUGUUGUCGUUUGCCAUCGCCCAGGGCACAAAUGUCUCCUUCGUUUACUGCAUCGACUCGUUCCGCCCGGUCGCCGGCGAGGUCACCGUCACCCAGCUCGCAUUCAAGUCAUGCUUCGGCUUCUUGCUCUCCUUCUAUACAAACCCCUGGAUUGACGAGGUUGGAUACGCCUCUGCGUACGGGACCAUGGCCGCCAUCUCGGGCGGCUGUCUGCUCUUCUUCAUCCCGCUGUUCUUCUGGGGUAAGGCUCUCCGCACGGCGGCGAUGAAGUGGCCGUUUAUCCAGUUUGUGUUCUGGAAGGACGAUCGGGAGGUGGGGGAGUAG